CAAGGCCCCAUUUGGAAGAGAAAUUUGCUAAUAAAAUCAUUCGAAGAAUCUUAAUUUGAUUUUACUCGUACUAUAAUUCCCCAACCCUCCAAACUCUCUCAGAAGCCAAGCCAUCGCCGGACUCUGCCGGAGCUCAGUUUUCCGACCAAAAUGGAGCUGCUCCAACCCUCACAUCCCCAAGCGGUAGCUUCUUCGUUGUCGGGGAUUGUCGAAGAAGGUGGUGACAGAGUACACGUGGCCGUCGGGAAAUCAGUCGAGAAAGCCGAAAGUUUGCUUCACUGGACUUUCCGGCGAUUUGGGAGCUGUGAAAUUUGUCUUGUUCAUGUGCAUCAACCUUCUCCGCUGAUUCCCACCCUCUUGGGGAAACUACCGGCAAGUCAAGCAAAUGGGGAAGUGGUGUCUGCACAUAGAAGAGAGGAGAAGAAACAAACAAAUAAACUUCUACUUAACUACUCGAACAUUUGCUCCAGGAUGAAGGUGAAACCAAGUAUCAUUACAAUUGAAGCUGAUCAUGUUCAGAAAGGAAUUGUAGAUCUGGUGAACAGACAUGGUAUUAGGAAGCUGGUUAUGGAGGGCACUGUGCCAGAAAAUUGCAUGAAGGUGAAAAUGAGCUCUAGCAAAGCAAAUUAUGCUGCAAAAAAGGCUCCUGAAUUCUGUGAGAUCUGGUUUAUCCACAAAGGAAAACAUGUAUGGACAAAAGAAGCGUUCAAAGCCCCAGGUUUUCUGCCACCAAUUAGUCAUCCAAAGACAGAAACUGGAGAAGUCUUAGGUUUCCAACCAGAAUGUCUUCCAUCCGGUUCUUCUCCUGUAAGUGUGCUUAGUGGUGGAGAUAGAAAUGGAGUUGAGAGUGAAUUGGUUAGAACCAGAGUGGCAUCAUCACCAGCCUUAUCUGAUUCUACUAGUCAAAAUGACCCACAGUUUAGUCCAGCAAGCUCUAGCACCUUUUCUGGAUAUGGUUCCUCUGCAGAAAAAAGGUCUAUGGAUUCCUACUCAAAGAUGGAGGAAGAAAGUUUAUAUUAUCAGCUUGCAGAAGCUACAAUUGAAGCAGAGGCCUCAAGGAACGAAGCAUUUUUAGAGCUAUUGAAGCGCCAAAAAUUGGAAUCAGAAGCUAUGGAAGCUAUUGCCAAGGUCAAAGCUUUUGAAUCUGCUCAUGCACGUGAAGUUGAACUUAGGAAAGAUGCUGAAGAUGCAUUGAGAAGUACAAUACAGGAACAAGACAAACUCUUGGAAGAAAGAGAAAAACUAACCAGGGAGAUACAGAAGACCAUGAGAAAUGUAGCCCUCCUAGACAGUCGUGCACAGGAAGCAAACCGGCGAUGUGAUGAAGCAACUGAGGAAUUAAAACUCAUCCAAGCAUCCAUUGCAACUCUCCAGCAUGAAAAGCAGAAGAUCCGACGGCAAAAAAUGGAAGCCAUGCAUUGGCUUGAUCGGUGGAGAAGUCGUGGUCAAGCUGGAACUUCACACUGCAAUGGAUUCAUUGGGGUUUUUGAAGAUUUGCCUGAGUUAGCAGAAUUUUCACUGUCGGAUCUGGAGACUGCAACAUGCAAUUUUUCCGAGAGCUUCAAGAUUGGGCAAGGAGGAAAUGGUUCUGUUUACAAAGGGGAAAUGUUAGAUAAAACUGUUGCUAUUAAGAAGCUGCAUCCCCAUAACAUGCAGGGACAAUCAGAGUUUCAAAGAGAGGUUCAAGUUCUUGGCAAAAUCCAACAUCCUCAUCUGGUGACUCUGAUUGGUGCAAGCCCAGAAGCAUGGUCACUAGUAUAUGAGUAUUUGCCCAAUGGGAGCCUCCAAGAUCGCCUUUUUCGGAAGAGCAACAACUCUCCCCUAACAUGGAAGGUCCGAGCACGGAUCAUCACUGAAAUAUUGAGUGCCCUUCUCUUCUUGCACUCUUGCAAACCCGAAAAGAUAGUCCAUGGCAAUCUGAGACCUGAGAACAUCCUUCUUGGUUCUGAUCUUCGCUGCAAGAUAUGUGAUUUUGGAAUUUGUAGACUUGUCUCUGAUGAAAGCCUUCGUUGUCCAAGUUUCCGCCGCAAUGCUGAGCCAAAGGGUGCUUUUCCAUAUGAGGAUCCUGAGUUGUAUAGGACUGGAGUCCUGACAACCAAGUCUGACAUUUACUCCUUUGGAGUAAUCAUUCUACAGUUACUCACUGGAAGGCCUCCUGUGGGUUUGGCCAGUGAGGUGCGCAAGGCAGUUUCAUGUGGGAAAUUAGCAUCAAUUUUGGAUUCUUCAGCUGGAGUAUGGCCUACACAUGUGGCAAGCCGAUUGGUGGACCUGGCACUGAGAUGCUGUGAAUUGAACAGUAGGGACAGACCAGAGCUAAAACCAACUCUGGUUAGGGAACUGGAGCAGUUGCAUGUUUCAGAAGAGCAACCAGUUCCAUCUUUCUUUUUGUGCCCUAUCCUUCAGGACAUAAUGCACGAUCCUCAUGUGGCAGCAGAUGGCUUCACUUAUGAAAAAGAAGCCUUGCUUGGGUGGUUGGAAAAUGGCCGUGAAACCUCUCCAAUGACCAAUUUGAGAUUGAGUCACUUGCAUCUUACUCCCAACCAUUCACUGAGAUCUGCAAUUCAAGACUGGCUUUGCAAAUCAUGAAGUCUCCUGCACGUAUGCAUGUACAUAGUCUCUGUUCUUUCUUUGUGUACAGAGGUGUAUUCUUAGACGGUCACCAUUGUAGAUCAGGCAUCGAUGAUUCACUAGCGGCUUUGGGUUAUUUUCUUGUUAAAAUGAGGUCAUGAACUCCAACCCAAAAAGGGAAAAAUAAAACUUAGACCAUAUGUGAAAUGGAAAUCUUAAAUAUUACCUGUAUGAUGAUACUCA